UCUGCAUUUAUCAUCUGUUUCACACCAAUUUGUUGCGAGGAUUGUAUCCUGUUACUGACAGCAGAAGACGGCAACUCCAAACUAACAUGGCAGUCAGACUGUGUGAUGUGGCUUCUCUGCUUAGAAGUGGUUCGUGGGCAGCAGAGCCUUGGACUGGGCAGGUAAUUGCUGCCAUGGAAACACAGCUGUCCAAUGGGCCAACAUGCAAUAACACAAGCAAUUGUCCAAAUACUUUAAACAACUGUUCAUCUCCAGUGGACUCUAACAACACAGAGGACAGCAAGACCAAUUUAAUAGUCAACUAUCUUCCCCAGAACAUGACGCAGGAAGAGCUGAAAAGUUUGUUUGGGAGUAUUGGAGAGAUCGAGUCCUGCAAAUUAGUCCGGGACAAAAUAACAGGACAGAGCUUGGGUUAUGGUUUCGUCAACUACAUUGACCCCAAGGAUGCUGAAAAGGCCAUCAAUACCCUGAACGGAUUGAGACUUCAGACCAAAACAAUUAAAGUGUCUUACGCUCGCCCAAGUUCAGCUUCUAUUAGGGAUGCAAAUUUAUAUGUCAGUGGACUUCCCAAAACAAUGACUCAGAAAGAGCUAGAGCAACUGUUCUCUCAGUACGGCCGUAUCAUUACAUCACGUAUUCUAGUUGACCAAGUGACUGGAAGGCACCUUUUCAAAUGUCCUCCAGAGCCAACACAGUAUUAUUAUUAUUGUCCUUUAGAGCCAACACAGUUGGACAAUCUGCUCAAUGUGGCUUAUGGAGGAAUAAAGAGAUUCUCUCCGAUGAUUGAUGGAAUGACAAGUUUGGCAGGAAUAAACUUUCCUGGGCAUGCCGGCACUGGCUGGUGCAUUUUUGUCUACAACCUGGCGCCUGAUGCAGAUGAAAGCAUCCUGUGGCAAAUGUUUGGCCCCUUUGGAGCUGUCACCAAUGUGAAAGUAAUUCGUGACUUCAAUACCAAUAAGUGCAAGGGCUUUGGCUUUGUGACUAUGACGAACUAUGACGAGGCAGCAAUGGCAAUCGCCAGCCUCAACGGGUACCGGUUGGGCGACAGAGUUUUACAAGUGUCUUUCAAAACAAGCAAAACACACAAAGCUUAACAAGUUUACCCUUACACACAACAUGACCAUGGCAAGUUGAGAAACUUUGUAUGUUGGGAACGUCUGUGUUUGUCAAGGCAAAGUGUGCUGGGGUAAGGGAGAAAGUAUCAAAAUGAUUUAACAUUCUUAAACCUGAAAUUUUGUUAUUACUUCUCAGUUAAAAUCUUUUUAAGUUUUGAGAUUGAC